GGGUGGCUAUUCGGAGCGUUCAUGUGCAAGGCUGUGCCUUACCUGCAGGGAGUCUCGGUGUGUGCGUCAGUGAACACCCUGGUGGUUAUAGCUGUGGACAGGUACUGUGUUCAAGUAGAUUUGUUUUUCCUCUAAAAAUUUGAUUCGCUUUUGAGAGAAUCGUACUGCGCCACACUGUUGCUGUUGUUGGCGGGUGGAGGGGGGGCGUGAGUGGGUGUCACAAGCCUUAUGUACCAUGAGCAGCUGUUGGUAGUCGCCAGUUGAAGCAUUCAAAGUUCUUGACAAGUUGUUUAGCAUGAGAGUUGGUAGUCGCCAGUUUAGCAGUCACUAAGUUAUUGACGAGUUGUUUAACAUGAGAGUUGAUAGUCGCCAGUUUAGCAGUCACUAAGUUCUUGACAAGUUGUUUAACAUGAGACUUUGUAGUCGCCAGUUUAGAAGUCACUAAGUUAUUGACAAGUUGUUUAACAUGAGAGUUGUUAGUCGCCAUUUUUAGCAAUCACCAAGUUCCUUUCAAUGUAGCGUGGAUUUGAUUUAUAUGGCGCAGUUAUGUGGGCCUAUGCUUUUAAAUUAAGAAAUAUUUUACCCGGCGUAGUUGUCGCGUUGCCACAAGAGGUGUUAGUUUUAGACUUCAAGGAGCCAUCGAAUGGCCAAUUAGAAUUCAUAGCUUUUUUAUGAUCUCACUCUGUUUAUCGUGGACUUUAAUUUAAUUCCGACAAUCAACGCAUUGAAUCGCCUUGUAAUAAAAAUAAAUUAAAUUUUCUUUGACCGUUAAUGCCAGUUAAAUUCCCCCUUUGUAAGCACCACUGCCCGAGAAAAUCACCCAAGGCUUUUAGCGUCCUUAGGGUGACACCAUCACCCUAAUUUAAGAACCACUGCCUUCAACUUUAUUCGGUGGCUUUAACGUCGUUUUUUCAUACAGCGUAUUUCAAACGGCCAUUGGCCUUAGAUAAAUUUGCAGUGAAUGAUGAAAAAAAAUAAAAGUAACGAUGCUACCAAUAAUAAUAGUUUUUACAUCAAAACUCUGUGUGAAAAUCGUUAUUGCUUAUACAAAAUAAGUGCAUUGACAUAUACCUGGUACACUAUUAGGGAAGAGGGCGCAUAAAUUAAUGCUUUGUCCUGGACCCUGUCUAUGCGCGUUUUUCAUUUGAUUGGAAAUGUUAUUAAGUGGUUUGUAUCAUCCCUUUAUCACAUUAGACAGGGCGUUACAAAUGUUUCUUAUCAAGAAAAAAAUAACAACAUGUUCACAGUUAAUGAAAACGGAAAAAGAAAAAAAAAAAGGGCAGUUAUUAAUUAUGGCUUUCAUUAUUUUCAUUAUUAGUUACGGCUUUCAUUUUUAGGAACGUUUUGCAUUGUUUAUGGUAUACAUUAUUAGUAAGGGCUUAGAUUAUUAGUUAUGGCUUAGAUUAUUAGUUAUGGCUUAGAUUAUUAGUUAUGGCUUAGAUUAUUAGUUAUGGCUUAGAUUAUUAGUUAUGGCUUAGAUUAUUAGUUAGGGCUUAGAUUAUUAGCUAUGGCUUAGAUUAUAAGUUAUGGCUUAGAUUAUUAGUUAUGAAUUAAAUUAUUAGCUAUGGCUUAGAUUAUUAGUAAGGCCUUAGAUUUUUAGCUAUGGCUUAGAUUAUUAGUAAGGGCUUAGAUUAUUAGUAAGGGCUUAGAUUAUUAGCUAUGGCUUAGAUUAUUAGUUAUGAAUUAGAUUAUUAGCUAUGGCUUAGAUUAUUAGUUUUGAAUUAGAUUAUUAGCUAUGGCUUAGAUUAUUAGUUAUGAAUUAGAUUAUUAGCUAUGCUUAGAUUAUCAGUUAUGACUUAGAUUAUUAGUUAUGGGUUAGAUUAUUAGUUAGUGUUUAUAUUAUUAUUUUAGUUAUGGCUUACAUCAUUAUAAGUUAUGGCUUAGAUUAUUAGUUAUUGCUUAGAUCAUUAGUUAUGGCUUAGGUUAUUAUUUAUGGCUUAGAUUAUUAGUUAGGGCUUAGUUUAUUAGUUAUGGCUUGGAUUAUUAGCUAUGGGUUAGAUUAUUAGUUAUGGCUUAGAUUAUUAGCAAUGCCUUAGAUUAUUAGUUAUGACUUAGAUUAUUAGCUAUGGGUUAGAUUAUUAGUUAGGGUUUUAUAUUAUUAUUUUAGUUAUGGCUUACAUUAUAAGUUAUGGCUUAGAUUAUUAGUUGUUGAUUAGAUCAUUAGUUAUGGCUUAGGUUAUUAUUUAUGGCUAAGAUUAUUAGUUAGGGCGUAGCUUAUUAGUUAUGGCUUGGAUUAUUAGUUAGGACUUAAUUUUUUAUUUACGUUUUGCAAUAUUUAUGGUGUAAAUUAUCAGUUAGGGCUUACAUUGUAAUUUAAGGCUUACAUUAUUAUUUAUGGCCUACAAUAUUAGUUAAGGCUUAAUUUUUUUAAUUUUUUUACAAAAUAUACCCAUAACACUUUAAUUUUGUAUUUCUUGUUCGUCUCUUUCUUCAGGUAUGUCGCCAUUUGUCACGUGAUGCGCCAGCGGAACACCAAACGCAUGGCCCGUUUCAUCCUCCUCGUCAUCUGGCUCCUCUCCAUGCUGCUCCUGAUCCCCUGGGCUCUCUUCUACGAGCACGUGUACAUUGAAAAAGACAACAAGACAUUCGCCGUUUGCCAUGAGAAAUUUCCAACAGUCGCACAAAAGAAGGCCUACUUCCUCGGGGUUAUUUUUCUCAUGUGCUACACGCUGCCCUUGACGCUGAUUGCCAUCUGCUACUUUAAGAUCGGGUACCGCGUCUGGCACAGAGACGCGCCGGGCAUCACGUCCAGUAAAGGAGUCAUCGAGAAGUCCAAGAUAAGGGUCGUGAAGAUGCUCGCCGUGGUCGUGCUGCUGUUCAUGAUCUCGUGGAUGCCGCUGUACAUCAUGCGCCUGACACUCGAUUUUUUCCCCCCGGAAGACGCAGCCGUGACGACCAUACACAAUCUUAUCAUACCAUUCGUGCAGUGGCUCGGCACGUCCAACAGCUGCAUGAAUCCGCUGGUCUACUGCUUGUUCAGCCAGAAGAUUCGACGGCGCAUCCGGGCGAUGCUGUGCUGCUCAAAACCGGAAACGAGAAGUCUCUACUCGACGAGGUCCAUGUACAACAGUGCCUUACAACACAGCACCAGCACGCGCGAGUCGUCGCUGCGGCUGGACAGUUGCACCAACGGGCACUCGAGUGCCGGGCACUACGCCGGGGGCGGGAGCCUUUAUCAUCAUUACAGACCCACGCGCCAGGACAGCGAGCUCAUACGCAUGCACCGGAGCCAUCUACGAUCAACGCAUGUGUGAAACGUCAUCAAAGUUUUACUUAAAAACAUUACAGUCACGUGAUCAGUGGGUGCACGUGGACUGCCCGUUCGAAGGAACAGGUGGUUAUUUAGCAAAAUGAAAACGCUAAUUUAAAGUGGGGAAAAAAACAGCUUUAAUUGUAUUAAUUACUUUAAGGUAAUGAUUUAAAGAAUGUGGCCUAGAAUUUAGGCCAUAGGGACUAAUCAUCUCACUCCUGUUUUACCCGUGUUGUGGAUAUAACAGGGGAGGCCAAUCAGCAAAGGGUACGCGCCAAAAGCAACAAACAUCGGACUGCUCUAGAAAUCAAUCGCAAAUAUGUGAAUGAAAUAUGGAGUAAGAGAGAGACCUCAGAUCGGAAGUAUGGGGUCAUUCCGUUACAAUCUACACGAGACGGGGUGUGGCAAACCUCCAAUCUUUCGGUAAAGGCAAAGAUGUUUUAAAAUUACUUGGUGUUUUAAAUUUAAAGAAUUUCAGUUUGAGAAAGUGUUUUCUUCUUAAAAUACAAAGAUAUUACGAUGGUGAACGUUUUAAGUUCAUGAACUGUGUGUUGGAGCAGCGCUUAACUUUGGCGUAAGGAUUGAUUGACAAGUUUCAAAAUUGUACCAGAUGACAUGUGGACCAGUUUCAAAAUUGUACCAGAUGACCAAGUACAAGUUUCAAAAUUGUACCAGUGAUCGGUAAACAAGUUUCAAAAUUGUACCAGGGACCGGUGAACAAGUUUCAAAAGUGUACCAGGGACCAGUGGACUAGUUUCAAAAUUGUACCAGAUGACCGGUGAAAAAGUUUCAAAAUUUUACCAGAUGACCAUUGGACACAUUUUGAAAUUGCACCAGUGACCGGUACCAGAUUUUUCAAUUGUAUUUAUUUUAUAUUGAUUAUACAUAUUUAUGUUGUGCGGACCCGUCACCUGAGGCUUGAGGACCGCUAUUCGGGAAUCGCUGAGCUAUAGCAAUUUGCCAGACAGCAAAUGACGGGUAAUAGAAUGGAGAUGGUAAUCUAUAAAAUACCGUGGCAAUCUUAUAUUGAUAGCAUUGACUUAUCAAAUAUUAAUAGCAUUGACUUAUCAUAUUUGAAUAGCAUUGAAUUAUCAUAUGUUAAUAGCAUUGACUUAUAGCAUAUUGAUACAAGUGUUGCAUCAUAUAUGUAUAUACAGAACAAGUGAAGAAAAUAAUAGCGAGGUGUGUAGGUAUAAUUUAAACAUUAAAAAGAUCUAGCUCUUUUGAGACUCAGCACCAACAGAAGGCCCAUUUAAAAUAAUGUUGUUGUUUUUUUUAAUACGCAUGAAACCACUUUGAACUACCAAAGUAUCCCACUUCUCAAUUGUAAAGCCCCUUGCGCAAUGAGCUUGGGCUCUUUAAAUCUUGAUUACAAAAAAAAUUUAGCAAAUUUUGAUUUCGGGAAAUUCCCGGACAAUAUAUGUUGAGUGUUAUAUUUUUGUUGACACAACUUAGGUUAGUUGCGGUAUAAAAUAAUCCCCUCAGUUGAUCAAGUCAACAUAAAUUGGAAGAUUAGUUUCAUAGCUGAGAUUAGCGCAUCCAACCUUCACAGCUGGUGUCUGUAAUAUUUCCCCUAUAAUCCCUCUAUGGUCUAAAACAACAUUAGUAAUCUGAGGCAGACAUCGCGCUGCCUGGCGACACGCAGUAGAGAUCUUGAUGAAUAAUCCCAAGUGUUCAGAUGCUGCAGGGACUAAGACGAUGAAGUCUUGUGAUGUGAGACCAUGAUCUCAAGAGAACCCACGUUAGACAAGAAAAUAGCAAAAUGGACUUUUGACGGGCAAACCGUUUACAAAUUGAUUAAUAUCAGCCCGUGAGCUCUGUACAUCUAAGUUAGUUCCAGAGCCAUCGCGCGACAUUUCGAGGUCUUCUGACAGAUAUCGUGUUUGUGCCCCUGAAUUUAAAGUUGAAUGUUUACAUUGGUUUUCCACAUCACAACUGUGGGCCCCUUCACCCAAGCCCCCCCCCCUUCCCCCCAAUCUGAAGCCACAAGGUCUGCAGGGCUCGUGCUAAAGGGUUGGUAAGUGCAACAAGGUUUAUAGUUAAAUCGUAAACCAUGCACCACCACAACAGGCUCAUGUCAUAUCACAAUCAUGGCUCUAUUUCAACCAGACACCAGGCUCAUGUCUUAUCACAAAUGAUAGCAAAGCUCUAUUUGAACUCUGGAUACAUAUUAGGGUGUUACAUAUAUUUCAAUAUAAGUUAUCGAAGACUAGCAGAGCUAUCAAUGAUCAUAUUAUAUAUUCGGAUUUAGCUCGGUAUCUAUUAAGCUUUCUCGGAUUAACGGGUCUUAUACAAAAUUCACCUAAACAAUGUCAACUAGAAGUGAUUAUGACACGUUAAAGCAAAGGUUUGGAUAAGGCUGAACACUUCGAUACAAUAAACUCUCAGCCCCUUGACUGGCUAACUCUUUCUUAUUUUUAGCAUCUAUUCGUCACGCUAUCACACAACUCACAUCAUAUUUUUGUUAGGCUUAACUCUGUUUUACCGACACUUCUCGGUUUAAACCAUCCCCCAACAUCCCUGACACAUCCCUGUUAGCCUGAGAGCCAUGGAAACCCAACUGACUGUGUCCAGACUCCGUGCAAACGGUGACAUCGUGAUGGCUUUGUUUAAACUAGGCCGCUCUUCAGU